AUGCGUGGAUUUAUUGUAUUAUGUUUUAUUGCUGCAGCAUAUGCGGCUCCACAAUACAGUUAUGAUCAAGGUGCUGAUGCUCCAGCUGCAUCAUCACAACAAGGAAUAGCUGCAGCACCAGCUGGUCCAUCUGGACCAUCUCUUUGGAAUAAACAAUAUUUUAUUCAUUCUGCACCUGAUGAUUCACUAGAUGCUGAUGGUUCUAACCCAGCCAAUUCAUUAGUUAAUAGAAGAAAUCUUAGAGUUGUUAUUGUUAAAGCACCAGAAAACAAAGGAUUAGAAAAUGCUGCUUUACAAUUAGCCAAAGCUGCUGGAGAAGAUAGAACUGCAAUUUAUGUACUCAACAAACAAACUGACUUGGCUGAACUUCAAAAUAAAUUAUCACAAAUCACUGAUCAAAAUGCCAACAAACCAGAAGUACACUUUGUCAAAUAUAGAACACCUGAAGAAGCUGAACAUGCUCAACGUACAAUUCAAAACCAAUAUGAUCAAUUACAAGGGCCAACAUCAGUUUCAAAUGAAGGAAUUGCUCCAGUCAGUAGCGUUAUUGGUUCAUUGGGACAAUCAAGUCCAGCUUAUGACAUUGGUGCUGCUAGAGAUGCUCGUACUCAAAACGGUUAUUUACCACCAACUUUAAAAUUCUUUAAACGUAUUUAA